GGGGACGAAACCCCGCCCCGUGUGGAGGCGGGGCCGGACGUGAACGCCCUGCCAAACCGGGCGCCUCCCACAACCCUCUAGCCGGAAGCGGCGCCUGCCCUGACGCCCGCCUGGCGGGAACCUGGGCUCGCCCCAUCCCAGGGAUCCGCAGUCAAUUGGUAGCGCCUGCACGUCGCGCGCGGAGUUCGAUUGGCGUUGCCUGGGGAGGAGGAACCGCCGCCGCCGCCGCCGCCGCGGGCUUCGUUUGUGAGGAAGGGCCUAGGCCCGAGCUUGCCGUGGUGGGGCUUGCCGCGCGCCGGGGCUCGCCUCCUGCCGUGUCCUGCGCUCCAGCUUCGCCCACUUCUCCUUGCCAGCGGGCUGGGCGCGGAGAAGACCUGCCGGAACCAUGGAGGACGAGGUGGUCCGCUUUGCCAAGAAGAUGGACAAGAUGGUGCAGAAGAAGAACGCGGCUGGAGCACUGGAUUUGCUAAAGGAGCUUAAGAAUAUUCCUAUGACCCUGGAAUUACUGCAGUCCACAAGAAUCGGAAUGUCAGUGAAUGCUAUUCGCAAGCAGAGUACAGAUGAAGAAGUUACAUCUUUGGCAAAGUCUCUCAUCAAAUCCUGGAAAAAGUUAUUAGAUGGUCCAUCAACUGAAAAAGACCUUGAUGAAAAGAAAAAAGAACCUGCAAUUACAUCGCAGAACAGCCCCGAAGCAAGAGAAGAAAGUACCUCCAGUGGCAAUGUAAGCAACAGAAAGGAUGAGAGAAAUGCCCGAGAUACUUACGUUUCAUCCUUUCCUCGGGCACCCAGCACUUCUGAUUCUGUGCGGUUGAAGUGUAGGGAGAUGCUUGCGGCAGCUCUUCGAACAGGAGAUGACUACAUUGCAAUUGGAGCUGAUGAGGAAGAAUUAGGAUCUCAAAUUGAAGAAGCUAUAUAUCAAGAAAUAAGGAAUACAGACAUGAAAUACAAAAAUAGAGUACGAAGUAGGAUAUCAAAUCUUAAAGAUGCAAAGAAUCCAAAUUUAAGGAAAAAUGUUCUCUGUGGGAAUAUUCCUCCUGACUUAUUUGCUAGAAUGACAGCAGAGGAAAUGGCUAGUGAUGAGCUGAAAGAGAUGCGGAAAAACUUGACCAAAGAAGCCAUCAGAGAGCAUCAGAUGGCCAAGACUGGUGGGACCCAGACUGACUUGUUCACAUGUGGCAAAUGUAAAAAGAAGAAUUGCACUUACACACAGGUGCAAACCCGUAGUGCUGAUGAACCAAUGACAACAUUUGUUGUCUGUAAUGAAUGUGGAAAUCGAUGGAAGUUCUGUUGAGUUGGAAGAAUUGGCAAAAUGCCUGGACCAUUAAGAAAACAGAUUUUGUAAUUAGCUUUAAACUAGGCCAAGCAACUAGUUUUCCUGCAAAUCAGAUUUUUAAAGUAACAUACAUCCCUUGGGUUAGACUUUGGUUUUGACCUAACAUUUCUUCCUUAAAUGCCUUCUUAGUUUCAGAUCUGUAAGGAAACUAUGUAAUAAUUGUAUGGUAUCUGUUUCAAAACAUUUUUUCCAUGUUUAUAAGUAACUUGAUAUUAAACUUUUAUCAGUUAAACUUCUGGCAAUAUUUUUUCUUUUUCUUUUCUUUUCUUUUCUUUUCUUUUU